AUGAACUCGCAAAGCUCCAAUACCGAUAACGCUUCAGACAGCUUCUCCAAUGAGAAGCUGUCUGUAGAAACUACUUCUGCUAAUGGGUCCUCUGAUCUUUAUAAAAACUACUUAAUUGUUGAUUCCUAUAAUGGAAUUCUUCAACAAAGUGUCUCGAACUCACCGGCCACCACCAGGAUUCCAGUAGUCAAGAAGAUCGAAGACCAGAUAAAGGCAGAGCGUACAUACGUGAGGACUCUACCUGCCUGGAUUCGAUCUGUCGAUGUAAACGACCCAGAUGAGGAAGAAGCCACAGCAAGCGAUCGCCUAUUGCCCUCCGAACCAAAUGGUGUGUUUGUAGCCCAACAUAAUCAUUCACCAUAUGACAGGUCCGGUACCGAAUACUCGCAAGCAAACGGACAUAGUGGCCUUCAACGGAGUCAGAUCUCCCAAGAACCAGAAUCACGUUGGAAAACGUUUUCUAGAACUAUCCAAUACCCUCGCGAACCGGAGGUGGAGUUCAAGAAAGUCACACCAGAAUGGAUGAACGACAAUAUUGGAGAUUAUUCAGGGCCUUGGCGCGGCAAUCUUCUCGAUGGCGAUAGCCCCGAAGGCCCACUGCAUCAAAACACUACUCGCCGACAAAUGUGGAUCAAACGCCUCAACCAAUCCUUACUCAGAAGCCCGAUCGCCCCGCUAAUUUUGAGGCUCACUGUUUGGUGCUUCUCACUUGCUGCUCUGGCUCUGGGUAGCUCGAUCCAGCAUUUUUCAAGAGGGGGCCAUCAACAAGGGCCCUCUGCUCUGAUGGCGAUCAUUGUGGAUGCAGUUGCGCUGGUAUAUAUCCUCUAUAUCACUUUUGACGAGUACACAUCAAAACCCCUGGGUUUGAGAUCGCCAUCAUCCAAAGCCCGUCUCAUCUUGCUCGAUUUGUUUUUCAUUGUUUUCGAUUCUGCCAAUCUGAGUUUGGCGUUUGACUCACUAUCAGAGGUCACAGGAUCCUGCACUGAAGCGGAGGUCAAUCAAGUAUUGGAUCCUCGAAAUAAUGCGGUUUGCUUGCGGCAGAAAGCCCUCGCGUCUGUUUUGUUGGUUGCGCUGAUCGCUUGGCUUAUGACAUUUGCAAUCAGUGUUCUCAGACUCGUGGAAAGAGUGCAUCGAUGA